AUGGAAACACUUCUCACAAAAUUUUGGGAGGUGGAGGAUCUUCCAUGUAGACUGGUAAAGGAGACGGACAAGUUGUGUGAAGACUUUUUCGUCCGAACAACUACCAGAUCCUGCGACGGGAAAUAUAUAGUAUCCCUGCCCUUCAAAGAUUCAGAGCACAUUGACUUGGGGCAUUCCAGGAGUUCCGCACUCGCACAGUUUCUGAGGAAUGAGACUCGCUUGAAGAAGGAGCCCGCUCUCAAAGACACUUAUGACUCAGUGAUCCAAGAAUAUAUCGAUCUUGGACAUAUGAAGCCGGUGCCUCCGAAUACCGACAAGAUAAAUUUCUAUCUCCCCCAUCAUGCAGUAUUUAAGCCCGAAAGUGCGACCACGAAAGUUCGCGUAGUUUUCAACGCAUCCAGUCCUUCUUCCAAUGGGAACAGCCUUAAUGACAUUCUGUAUCCAGGGCCAGUACUGCAGUCCGAUCUCACUCUUCAAAUCCUGAAGUGGCGGACGUUUAAAUUCGUUUUCAAUGCCGACAUCACCAAGAUGUAUCGGCAAAUUCUCCUAAACCAAGAGCACACUCCGUUUCAGAGAAUUCUCUUUCGAAAUGGCCAAGGGGAUAUAUCCGACUUCGAGCUUCAGACGGUCACGUUUGGAGUGAAUUCCAUUCGGGAGCUGCAAGCAGCUCUGGACUCAGCUGGAUUCCCUCUCCGCAAGUGGACAUCGAAUGAACGUGCACUCCUUAAAGCACUUCCUAAAGAGCAUCUACUUUCGACUGAUUUUCUUGAUCUCGAAGAGGUCAGCACCACUAAGACAUUGGGAGUACGGUGGAACGCUACGACGGAUGAGUUCUAUUUUGUCCCAACAGAGGUCACCAUUCAGGCAAACUAUUCGAAACGCGACGUCUUAUCCCAAAUCGCGAAGUUGUUCGACCCAGCUGGGUGGCUCUCCCCAUUUGUGGUUCAGGCCAAAAUCCUGAUGCAGGAUAUCUGGUUAGCCAGCGUCGAAUGGGAUGAGUUUCUUCCUGCAGAACUACUACAUCGCUGGCAUGAUUUCCUUCGGAGCUACAGUUUCCUCCACCAAGUUCGCAUCCCGCGUUGGGUACAUUUUCAACCAGGUGUACAAGUCCAAAUCCAUGGUUUCUGCGAUGCCUCCCAAAAGGCUUAUGGCGCAGCGAUUUACGUUCGCAUCCAGCGUGAUGGAAUCAUUUCAGCAAAUCUUCUAACGUCAAAGACCAAAGUCGCUCCGGUAAAAACCGUCUCGCUCCCGCGUCUAGAACUGUGUGGAGCCGUCCUUCUGGCAGACUUGUGGACUGCAAUUCUGCCUCAGAUUCCUUUCGGUCGUAUAGAAUCUUUUCUAUGGACUGUUUCCACUAUUGUGCUGGCAUGGUUGAACAAGCCACCAUGUCAGUGGACGACCUUCGUCGCAAAUAGAGUCACAAAAAUCGCUCAAAACACUGAUGCCAGCCAGUGGUCUCACGUGCGUUCCGAGCACAACCCAGCAGAUCUAGCCAGUCGUGGAGUAGCGGCUGAAGAGUUAGCUACCAGUGAGCUAUGGUGGCAUGGGCCUUCAUGGCUAACUCAGCCACAAGACUCCUGGCCUGCACCUUAUGAAUCAGUUUCCGACAUCGACAUCGAGAAGCGACCCAUACGUUGCCAUUUAGCAUGCCCGGAGCAGGACAUGCUCGAGCGGUUCUCCAAGCUCGACAAGGCACUACGAGUUUUCGCCUAUGUUCAGCGCUUCAUCCAGCGCUCGCAAAAACGACCUAUUCCAGGCGAGCUGCAGCUAUCCAAUACAGAGAUUUCCACAGCUGAGCGACUCCUAAUUUUCAUAACACAGCGCAGAUACUUUGCGCUUGAAUAUGCCUGCCUGAGCCAAAAGCGGCCAAUUCCAGCAUCCAGUUCUAUUAAGAACAUGAAUCCCUUCCUUGAUCCUCACGGCCUCAUCAGGGCGUGUGGUCGGGUAACGGCCUCCGAAGUCCUCCAAUAUGAUGAACGACAUCCGAUCUUUCUUCCAUACAACUGUCAGUUGGCGCGUCUCCUUGUAUCCUUUACGCAUCGCAUCUCCUUGCACGGCGGUAAUCAGCUAAUGGUACGCCUGAUCCGCUCAAAAUUCUGGAUACCAAGGGUCAAGAACUUAGUCAAGUCUGUAAUUUUCUCCUGCAAAAUAUGUGUGAUCCACAAAAAGAAGUUGCAGACCCAACUCAUGGGCGAAUUACCAAAAGAAAGAACGUCCUUUUCGCGGCCUUUUACGUACACGGGCAUGGAUUAUGCCGGACCGUUUGAUAUAAAGAACUACACCGGGAGAGCCUGCCUGAUUACCAAGGGCUAUGUGCUGGUGUUUCAUUCGCCCGAUUCGUUUCGCGGAGAGGGUGCCCUCGACAAGUUCAGUCGGACAAUGGGAAGACCUUUGUUGGUGCAGCCGCAGUGCUGUCGCGUGAAUUUCUGCAAGCUGUCAAGGAGUCCGUGA